UUUUAGGACCAAACUGGCAGCUGCAUUAGCGAGGUGUCGCAUCCGACGUGAUGCGCUUUCAAUUGAAUACGUUCUGCCAGAGACCGUACGGAAGCAGGAACAAAGGGCUUCUGCUUUACCUUUGUGUGCUUGGAUAAACACAUUUAAAAUCAGCCUUCAGGAUGUUAUCCAAGAUUUGAAGAAAAAGGGAUUCACAAGAGUUGAAACGGUGUCAGACUUCGACCGUUACACGUACUGUACCGACCAACAUUGCCACGAUGUGUUGCUUUUUCCUUCCUCUCUUAAAGAAGAAUUGCUGAAGUUAGAUCUUUUUGCAGACUGCAAACUGUUACUGCAGGACAAGUCCCGCAGCCUGGCUGUACACUCGGGGCGGGCACUGCUGAGUCCCGGCGAUGACACGAUCGUGGCUCACGUGGGUUCCCACCUGACCGUAGCCCACCUGUCGGUGCUGACAAACGACAGCACGGCCACCGUUUUUGUUUGCGGUGUGAGAUCUUUGGCGAAAAUAGGAGAGCUGAGGGACUCGUUCAGUCUCAUGGGAUGUCAGAAUAUUGAGUUGUUACAUGAAGACUUCACGGAGCUUGAACCAACAGACCCGCGACUUCAAAAGGCAAAAGUUAUCUUGCUGCUGCCGCAGUGCUCUGGGCUGGGCAUCGGAAGUCCAAUAGACUUUAUUGUAGAGGAACACGGAGAUGCAGGAUUGCUAAGAGACCUCUUCCAGGGAUCUGUAUCUGAGGAUAAACUCCGUGUUCUUGCCGAGAGGCAGCUUGCCGAGUUGAUGCACGCCAUGAAAUUUAACAAAGUAGAAGCUAUUGUUUACUGCACUUGCUCAGUUUACCCAGAAGAAAAUGAGCUAGUAGUGGAAAAAGCACUGGAAUCUGGAGUGGAAGGAAGUAAAGUACAACCGUAUAGGCUUAUUCCUCCUGUUUUCUCUACUUGCUCCAGUACAAAGGCUUCCUCUGAAAUGUUUUUCAAAGUGGAGCCAUCAGAAAUUUCCAGUGGCUGUUUUCUAGCUAUUCUAGCAAGAGAGAAAAAGUCUUCGGAAAAUGUGUCUGUUAAGGACAUUUUGGCUCGCGCUGCAGCAAAAGAACUCCUGGAUGGCGUUGUUGAAGAAAAAUCAAAGGAAGAGGGCAAGAAGCAACUGAAAAUACAGCAGCGUCCGCAGAAGACUGCUGGUGGUGGUAGGGAGCCGAAGAUCGCCGAGUUCCUUCACCGUCACGCCGUGCCGACUGUUAAGGCCGAAGUUUCCCUGUCUAAAGCAGGAAACAGGCAGCAGGACGGGAAGCGAACGAGCGGCUCGGUUCAGCUGACGAAAUCCCUCAACCUCAUUUCAGCCACGGCUCUGCCUGCAGCGCCGAAGCACAGGCCUCGCGCGCCGCCUGCGGGCACGGCACGCCAAGGAGAGACGCGCGCUAGGAAGGCGCGGGCAGAACGUGAGCGGCUCGUGUUGAAGCCCGUGGAAAUCGUUCUGCCUCCACCAUACCCAAUUCUGCAGGGAAACAAACCCAGGAUACCACCUCAUCGCUGCCCUCACGGCGGGACGGGAGCAAAGGGUUUGGGUGGCGGGAUGCGCCCACCGCCCCUCUCUAAAGGCGCCAAGGCAGCCGCGCUGAGCCACCCUCGGCCGUGGCUGUGA